AGCAGCUAGUUUCUCAAUUCUGAGUCUGAAAGGCAAGUUAUAGAAUGCUCAAUUAAUUUUGUUAGCUGUGGCAUCUAUACUAUAGAGUACGUAAUUCUGGAUGACAUUGAUUCUUAGUGGGUAAGUCUACACCUGCCCAACUAUCAAAAUAAAUGAGCCAAGGAUUUCAUUUCCCUUCUUUGGGCACAGAAACUUUGUUAUACGAGAUUCAACCGCUUAUUAAUUUUGUACACGUGUCACACUAUACAAAAGCCAAAAAGUGCAAAAAAGAAAGAAAGAAGGAUUUGUUGUUGGUCGUUGAAGGCGUGACAUAUAUAGAGAUGGAAGGUGGUGUUUGGCAUUUGGCAGUUGGCAGCGUGCCGUUGUGUGCGGUGAACGCUUCAUUUUGAGUUUGACAUGGAACGCUUAAUGUUAUUGCAUUGUUAUCGCAAACACAAAAACCAGAGACAACAACCACCAUAACCUUUCACGUUCGUCUCUCGUCUCAACAAGAAGAAGAUGACGGUGGUAGACAUCCUGUUCCGGGUGGACUCCAUAUGCAGCAAAUACGACAAAUACGACCUCGACAAGCAGCGGGAACUCAAUGCCUACGGUGAUGACGCCUUCGCUCGCCUCUACGCCACCGUUGAUUCCACCAUCGAAGCCGCCCUCAAGAAAUCGGAUGCUGCCUUGGCAGAGAACAACAGAGCAGCUGCUGCUGCUAUGAAUGCGGAGGUUCGACGCGCCAAGGGUAGACUCAUGGACGAGAUUCCCAAGCUCCGCAAAUUGGCCAAGAAGAAGGUUAAAGGUUUGACAGACGAAGAUUUGGCGAUCCGUGAGGAUCUUGUAUUGGCAUUGCCAGAAAGAAUCCAAGCAAUACCCGAUGGUAUUACCACUGUCAAUCAAACUGGAGGAGGAUGGACAUCGCAGCCCAACAUCAAGUUUGAUUCAGACGUGCAUCACGGCACUGAUUAUUUCGACCAAACUGAAGAAUCCAGUCAGUUCAGAAAUGAGUAUGAAAUGCGCAGGAUCAAACAGGAUGAGGGUCUUGACUUCAUAUCGGAGGGAUUGGAUACUUUGAAAAAUCUAGCUCAUGACAUGAGUGAGGUUUGUUAUGAAUGGAUAGGCAAGUUCCUCUAAUGGACGAAAUUGACACAAAGGUCAAUAGGGCAACAGCUGAUGUGAGAAACACUAACAAAAGAUUGAAGCAAAGUCUCACUGAGAUGAGGUCUACUCAAAAUUUCUUCAUUGACAUCAUUCUGCUCUGUAUUCUUAUCAGCAUUGUUCUCUAUAUAUACAAUCAACUGAGGUGAUAUGAUCUCAAACUCUUUUCGCUUUGUUGUACCCGUUGUAUCAUGGCUUCACAUUACAUUAUC